AUGGGCCUUUUUGGCAUGGCCGCGAGCUAUCUCGCCUUCACCGUCCUGCACUUCUUCCAAUUCGUCCUGGCCAUCACCGUCUGUGGUCUGUACGCCGUCGAUCUGCAGCGCGCCAGAAACGAGGGGGUAUAUGUCGACUCUAAAUGGGUUUUCGCUGAAGUGGUCGGUGGCCUCUCCGCCGUGACGGCCCUUCUUUACUGCGUCCCCUUCAUCCUACGAUUUGCCGCCACCUUCGUCUGGGACUUCAUUCUUUUCGUCCUUUGGAUUGCUCUCUUUGGACUCUUUGGUAAUAUGUAUAUCAAGGAAAAUGCCGAGGGCGAUAAAGAUAUUCAGCGGAUGAAGAAUGCAGUAUGGGUUGACUUAGCCAACGCACUGCUCUGGCUCAUCAGUACCCUCGCUUCCGCUGCCUACUGGUGGAGUCAUCGGGAACGUCGUACGCGCUUCACUGGCCGUGGCAAAGUCUAG